AUGAAUUAUAAACAUUCUGAAACCGAUUCUUUAAAAUCAGAGAAUUUGAUGGAUAAGUUUAAACAAUAUCAAAUUAGAUUUAUCUCAUAUAAUUCUUUUAAUAAAUUAGAAACUGAUGGCAUGAUGUUAUCUAGUAACAGUUAUAAAGUUUUCUCAAAAAAGUAUAAUAGAUUUGUAGUUUUAAACAAAAUUGUCUUUUUUCAAAAGUAUACGCUAGAAGAUUUUAUCAAUGAUUUGAAACAGUAUCAAAAAGUGGAAUUACAUGAAAAUAUCUUAAAAUUUAUAGCAGUUAUUAAGCAAAAUAUUGAUGAGGUCAUGUUCAUUCACGAGUAUGCGAAUAAUGGAACUCUUAAUCAAUACUUAACCCAAAAUUUUAGUAAAAUUAAUUGGGAUGAUAAGUUACGUCUUGCAAAACAGCUUGUUAGUGCUGUAAAAUGUUUACAUGACAAUGAUUUGAUUCAUUUAAAUUUGGUAUUUGUCUUUAAUCUAUUAAAUGAAAUAAUUAAUGGUAAACGUGAAGUUGCAAUAUUUGGAACACCUAUAGAUUAUAUAAAACUUUAUACAGAAUGUUGGCAACACGAUUCAAAUCAACGUCCGACUAUUCAACAAGUUGUUGAUAAUUUGAAUAAUAUUAAUUAUAAUAACAUAAUUAAUAAUGAGAUUUUUACAGUGAAUGAUGAAAAUAUAGAGAACAAUGAUGAAGAAUUAGCAAUGGAAAGUUCAAAUACUAUAGAUUUACUAAAAUAUUAUGUUGAUUAUCAUGAUGAAAUAUCAAAAGACUUGGAAUUAAUUUCUUUAAUGAUUACAAGCCUUAAAAAAGAUUUGAAUGAUGAAAACAAUUCAAGUAAUGAUUCGAGUUCUUUAUCUACUUUAACUACCUUGAAUAUCAAUAUAAAAAUUCCAAUUUCACAAGUUAGUACAAAUAAAUAUGAUAAUGAAGAGCAGAAAUUUCUUUUCGAUUUAAAUGAAUUUUUUACAAACCAAUAUAAUAUACAAGGGGCUACAACAAAUACUACAAGCAUCUAA